AUGUGGCUGCUGAUUACAAUUAAAAUUAAUUAGCUGAAUCCUCAAUUGGCUGAAAAGUUGAUGAUAGCAUAAAAGCAUCAAAAGAAGAAAAAAAAACCACUAGUAGCAAAGAUAAUCAAGAUAGUUGAUCUUUUCUCUAAUAAAUGUUAGUGUGAUAUGUAAAUGCAAUAGUAAAACUAGAAAUUCAUUUGCUUAUGUCUAUGAAGUAGAAGGAAUCACCUCCAAGAUUAAUUAUAAUACUCAAAGGAGUAUGAAAAUCUAAUGGAUUCAAGAUGUAAACAUCUAAACCAUCCCAUAUGACCCAGUAUUAGUUACAUGUUUUAUGGACUAUUAGAGGUUGUUCAUCAGUAUUUAGCAAUGGCCACAACUGCUAUUUAAUUCACGCUAUCAAACGAAGUAAUAACUUCAAAUAAAAAUUAGCCUGCGUAAGAAAAUCAUCUUAGUUCUACCAAAAUUAGUGUUACCAUUUCUACAUAAUAAAUUUUGAUGUAGCCACAUCUGUUUAAUUUAUGUCUUUAUCCAAUGUCGUUGAUCUCAUCUGAAUAAAUAUAUGAAAUUGUUCCUAGUCCCUAUUUGGCAGAGAUAAAAUCAUUCAGUUUUCGGAAAGCAAAUAAGACUAGUUCUUACUGUUUUGGAAAAUAAUGGGGUAUAUUAACUAAUUAAUUAGAGUUCUGA